CGACUCAGACUACCACCAUCCCAAACUCACAGAUCAUAAUGAAAAUGGAAACAAGCAGCAGCAGCAGCUCAUUUCCCAUUACUAGCAAAGAUCUUCCUUGCGAUAUCAUAGAGGAAAUUCUGCUGCAGCUGCCGGUCAAGUCGCUGCUCCGUUUCAAAUGCGUGAGCAAAUCAUGGCUUAAUCUCAUCUCCGACCACAAAUUCAUCAAGUCACACCUUCACCACUCCACCAAACAACACCCUCACCACGAUGAUGAUGACGGUGAUCGAAUAUCAAACGCACAUCUCAUGCUCUCCUCAACAACCCUCAUUCACUCCCUCCAUCUACAGCUACCCAAUACUCGUACCAAACAAGAAGAAGAAGCGCCAGCUGCUGCUGCUGCAACUGAUGCAGUAGUACUCGAGUCCAUGGUGGAGUACCCGGUGGCGUCGACGGUGAGGCGGCCAGCUGUCAAAGACAUCAAGAUCGUCGGUUCCUGCAACGGCUUGCUAUGCUUGGUGCUCGACUCCCAACACAUGAUCAUAUACAACCCCUCCACCAGGCACGUUCAAGAAGUCCCCAGCCCGGAGGAAACUGUAGUUGGUAGAGACUACUUUUACGGUUUCGGUUAUGAUUGUCACAACGACGACUGUAAAAUAGUGAGGGCCACUUCUUCAAGUAGGGAUGGAAAUUUCGUCACCCAACUUGACAUCUUUACUUUGAAGACCAACUCUUGGCGAACAAAAACCAAAACCCUACCCUUUUAUUUCAUGUCCAGCGUGGUGGGUACCCUUCUUAAUGGGGCUCUCCACUGGGCAGUCCGUCGAGGAAUCAACAUCAGUCCUUCUGACGGCGAUGACCAUGACCCGAGGCCUUUCGGGAUAGUCUCCUUUGAUCUGACGGAGGAGACUUACAAAGAAGUACCCCUGCCGUGUGACGGUGACAAGCAUUUCUCUUUCUAUGGAUUGGGGGUUUUAGGAGGGUGUCUGAGUAUGCUCCACAGCCCCCACGGUUCUGAUUAUCAAGUGUGGGUUAUGAAGGAAUAUGGAGUCAAGGCGUCUUGGAGCGUAUUCACAACCAUCCCACAGAAGAUGGAGGAUUCUAAGGAGUACAUGGGACUGAUGUCGCUUUUGUGCGUUUUGAAGAACGGCGAAAUUCUAAUGAUGUUGCACAACCACAAAAAGGUUGUGAUAUACAAUCCCGGACAAAGGAAAUUUCGAACCAUAUUCAAUGGGGAAAUACGCUCUUCCCAAGUGGCCUUAUACCUCGAGACUCUAGUUUCAACAAAAAUAUAUGCACCAUCCUCAUCACCAUGCAUCCUAGCUACCUAGAGGUGAAGCCCCAGAAUUAGUAUGAUCCAGGAAGAAGCUAUCCUUUUGUUUGGUCAUGUAAACUUAUUAGUAAUCUUUUAUAUAUAUCAUAUGCGAGCUGUGUGAUAUAUAUCUACUUCUGAAGUUCAUAAAUUUCAUUCUGAAGGGCUUUUCCAGUUUGCA